AUUAUUAAACAUUACGUGUAUUAUCAGUGCAUUUGUCCAUUGAAUGCAUUGCUGAAUGAAUAGCCGGCAAAUCAAUCAAUAGUUAAUUAUUAUUAAUAAUUAAUUAAUAUUAUUAUUAAUAUUAGUUAGUAUUGUAACAAAUAGACUAAAUGAUCAAAUAAUACUACAAUGACUUAUUGAUUAACAUUAAUUGGUUGACAACAAAAAUAUAUCAUAUUUUUAUUAUUUAUUUGAUUCAGUGUUUUGUGUAUUGUCUUCACAGUUACCACUUCUUUAUCCGAUGUCUUUGUCGAUCAAUUCAAAGCCGACGAUUCACUUAUUGCCGAUUUGUUUCAUUUUAAUAAAAUGUUUGCUUCAGUUUAGUACAUGCGAUGUGUCGCCGACACCGACGACAACAUCGACGGCCAAACCGAGCCAUAAGUCCAUAUCGAUUGGUUUGUCGACCAAUUGGUUGGAAACGCCGCUGUAUUUAGAGUUUGCCGAACUAUUAGCUCAAGAAAACAAUGAACUCUUCUGGCGUUACAUCGAUGCCAUUCACGAGACACUGGACACGGCGUCCAUUGACUCGCUGUCGGCCAAAGCACAGUACGAUCUCAUAUUACAGCUAUCGGACCGGCUGUUGGCCGCCUCUUCACCAACGCUUCAAUCGGUGGUGAAAUUUUCGCUAUCGUUGCGCAUCUUUUCGCCAUCGGUGGUGAUGUUCAAUCAGAUAUCAAAUCAAGUGGUACUACAACGCCAUAGUCUUAAACGUUGUGAUGUUUUCAUUGAGUUGAGCCGACCGGCCGACGACACCUCACUAACCGUCGAUGCCUUUUCGCCAUUCAUUUGCAAUCUAAACGAUUUGCGAAAAUCAUUGGAUGUGCUCAACAAAGACAUUAGCCAAGAGUUAAUUCAUCCAAAUGUGUACAAAAGUGAUCACAUAUAUACAUAUAGAAGUUCAUCGGAGCCACGGGUGACAGCUAUUCUUUACGGACAGAUCGGAACAAAAGCAUUCCAAGAGUUGCACAAAAAUUUGCUGCAAUUGGCAAAUAAGGGUUCAAUAAAAUAUGUUGUCAGACAUUAUCUUAGGUCACAGAGUGAUCGAAAAGUAAGUUUAUCGGGUUAUGGCGUAGAGUUGGCCAUCAAAAGUACCGAAUAUAAGGCACAGGACGACACUCGGGUCAAAGGAGAGGUCACUUCGGAUGCCAAAAAUCUUAAACAAGAAGAGAGUCAAGAACAGGAUGAAGCCGAGGGCUUUGUAUUCUCGACAUUAAAGGAAAAAUUUCCCGAUAAGAAGGAUAAGUUGGAUGAGUUUCACACGCAUUUGUUGGACAAAACUAAAGAGAUCGCAACGUUGAAGGUCUGGGAGUUGCAAGAAAUCAGUUUACAGGCAACGAAAAAGCUAUUGACGACAGACAAAACCAAUGCCUUGAAUCUAUUGAGAGACAUAUCGCAAAACUUUCCGACAGAAGCUCGAAGUCUAAUCAAAAUCAAAGUCGACAGUGAUUUGCGCAAAGAAAUCGAAAGAAAUCAACAAAUGUUUUCACAGACAUUGAAUUUAGGCACCAAUGAUGCGGCGCUUUUCAUCAACGGUAUGUACUAUGAUGUGGACACUAUGGAUGUGUUUGCUUUGCUCGAUGUUAUCAGAAAAGAGUUAAAACUAACGGAAGGAUUGUCCCGAUUGAUUGGUGGCGACGAUAGUGAAAAACUGAAGCGUUUAAUUAAUUUGAAUAUCAAUGAAGAUAAACAAGACUUUCAAAUUGAUAUCCGUGACGGUGCAGUUAUGUAUGUCAAUGAUAUUGAAAAUGACAAACUCUAUCGAAAUUGGCCGUCAAGUCUACAGGAUAUGCUUCGGCCGACAUAUCCGGGAAUGUUGAGGAAUAUCAGGAAAAAUAUGUUUCAUUUGGUUCUUGUGGUCGAUCCGAGCAAACGUGAAGCCCAUGACAUUAUAAAACUGGCCGAAUCUUUCUAUGUCCACAAAGCGCCCGUCAGAAUUGGUAUUGUGUUUGCCGUUAAUCCGGACGAAUCGGUUACUGGUCGUGACGACGCUGGUCUGGCCUGUCUCGAGGCGUUCAACUUUAUCAAUCAAGACAAGGGUCAUCCCUAUGAAGGCCUAUCGUUUUUGACUGAUGUCAUCGCAACUAUCGGUGCCGACAAAGAUAGCCAAAGAGAUCUAACCUCAGGCGAUGUCAUCAACCAAUUUAAGUCGAAAUAUAAGAACGAAGACAUUGAUAUGAUAUUUGGUUCAGACUCUGACUACGACACCGGUCGCAAACUUGCCUGGGAUUUCAUCCGAAGGACAGGCAUUGGAAAUCCGCUCAAAGCCUUACUCAAUGGUGUAGUUUUGAAAGAUUCGCAUUUGAAUGCAGAACUUUUUGAAGAAGUGGUCUUAACUGAGAUCAUGAAACAAACAAAUGCUAUUCAAAAAGCCAUUUAUAAGUCCGAAUUGAGUGAAUCGGAUGAUGUACUCGAAUGGCUGAUGACACAGAAGACAGUUAUGCCGCGACUCAAUCGUUUGAUACUCAAUAUCGACAGUUCGAAUCCAGUUCCGCAUAAAUACAUUGAUUUUAUGGGAAAGUCGUUGAAAUUUGCAGAUAUCGACAGUUUUGAUGACUUAAAUCUGAAAGACUUGGAGCAUAGUUUAGCCAAUUCGUUGAAUUAUAUUACAACCAAAUCAGACAAAUGUGAUUCGGUUAGCGUUUGGUUGGCCACUGAUUUGCAAACCAAAAGAUCCAGAGAUAUGUUGAACGCAGUUGUCUCGCAUUUACGCGAGAAUAGUCUGUCCAUGAGAUUAGCUAUUAUACACAAUACUUAUGGACCCAUCGGAAGAGUUAUCGAAACAGCCAUCGCAUCCAUUAGUCGAUCCAAUCAUUUGUUACAAUUUUUGAACAAAUUUUUAUCUUCAAUCCAAUCAUCAUCUGAUGAUGAACUGUCAGAUGAGCUAAAAGUAUUAGAAAAAUCAAAACAAUUCAUUGCCGACGAAUAUAUCAAAGAAUAUGAAAAAAAUUACAAGAAGUUGACGUCCGAUAGUCAGAUAUUUAAAGCUCAUCAAGCAUUCAGAGUGAGAUCACUGGGAAUUGGAAACAAAGACACGGCUAUUGUCAUCAAUGGCAAAGUGAUUGCAAUACCAGAAAGCGAUACAUUCGUUGAGGACGACUUCAGUCUUAUCGAAAAAUAUGUGACAAAUAGUUUUGCAGACAAAAUAUACCGUGAAUUGGGUAUUAAAGAUGAUCAGCAGCGAUGUAGUGACUUAGUUAUGAAAAUCAGUGCAAUCCUGUUGUCGAAUCCACAAUCAAAGGCCAGACACGAUGUCAAGUAUCACAGCGACAAACACAGUGUUCUUCAAUUGGAUCCAAUCAGACCCGACGAACCUAGUCUUCAGUUUGUUGCUAUUAUGGAUCCAUUAACGCGUGGCGCACAAAAAUUGACGCCAAUAUUAAUCACAUUAACAAAAAUAUUUAAUAUAAAUACAAAAAUAUUCUUCAAUUGUGUCGAUCGACACUCGGAAAUGCCGUUAAAAAGUUUUUAUCGAUUUGUCAUCGAAAGCGAACCCAAAUUCUCUGACGACAAUCAAUUGAUUGAUAACAAAGCAUACUUUGCAUCGGUUCCUACGACACCACUGCUCACUCUGGGAAUGGCUGUUCCCGACAAUUGGUUAGUUGAGUCUACAGAUUCUGUAUACGAUUUGGAUAAUAUUCAUUUAGAACAAGUCGAUGGCACCGGUAUUUCGGCUCAGUUCGAGUUAGAGUAUCUGCUUCUUGAGGGUCACUGUUUUGAACAGUCGACAGGAAAUCCGCCGCGAGGUCUUCAGUUUAUUUUGGGCACAAACAGUACGCCAAUAGUCGGCGAUACCAUAGUUAUGGCAAACUUGGGUUACUUUCAACUCAAGGCUAAUCCCGGUCUCUGGAAUCUUAAUCUCAGACAAGGAAGAAGUGACGACAUCUAUAGCAUUGUCAGUCACGAGGGAACCGAUUCGCCAUCCAAUUCACCGCAAGUUCUGGCAUUGAUAUCAAGUUUCAAGAGUAAUGUCAUCAAAAUACGUGUUAAUAAAAAGCCUGGCAAACAAAAUGAAGAACUUCUUUACGAUUCAGAUGACGACGAGUUGGACGAUAUGAACAGUUUGUGGAAUUCAUUUUCAUGGAAUUCGAGUCCGUCGUCAUCGAAGAAGAAGGAUAAGACCAACGCCACUGUCAAUGAAGAACCGGACAGAAUCAAUGUGUUUUCAUUAGCGACGGGACAUCUCUACGAACGACUGAUGCGAAUCAUGAUUUUAAGUGUACUGAAGAAUACCAAAACACCCGUCAAAUUCUGGUUUCUGAAGAACUAUUUAUCACCAAAUUUCAAAAACAUAUUACCAUUUAUGGCCAAAAAGUAUAACUUUGAGUACUCUCUUGUCCAAUACAAGUGGCCGCGUUGGCUGCACCAGCAAACCGAAAAGCAGCGCAUCAUUUGGGGCUAUAAGAUACUGUUUCUCGACGUACUGUUCCCGUUGGACGUCAAAAAGAUUAUCUUUGUCGACGCCGAUCAAGUGGUCAGAGCCGAUCUCAAAGAGCUACGCGAUCUUGACUUAGAGGGUGCGCCCUAUGGCUACACACCGUUUUGCGAAAGUCGUAAAGAUAUGGACGGAUUCCGGUUCUGGAAGUCCGGCUAUUGGGCCACACAUUUGCACGGAAGAAGGUAUCACAUCAGUGCUCUCUAUGUCGUUGAUCUCCAAAAGUUUCGCCGAUUGGCUGCCGGCGACCGACUACGGGGUCAAUACCAGGGACUCAGUCAGGACCCGAACUCACUGUCCAAUUUGGAUCAGGAUUUGCCUAAUAAUAUGAUUCAUCAGGUUAGCAUCAAAUCCUUACCUCAGGAGUGGUUGUGGUGCGAGACCUGGUGUGAUGACGGAUCAAAAGCCACGGCUAAGACUAUAGAUCUCUGUAAUAAUCCGAAGACCAAAGAGCCUAAACUGACGGCCGCCCGGCGUAUCAUUCAUGAGUGGGAACCGUACGACACAGAGAUUAAGGAUAUGAUUGAAGAGUUCAGACAAUUGACAGCCAAUGGAACCAAUAUUCAAGAGUUUUUAGCCGCGGAGGAUAAAAGUCAGACAGUAAUCGCUGACGACGUUAAACACAUAGAAUUAUAACAUUUAAUUAAUUUGUUUUA